AUGUAUGGAGGGAGGCGAGCGGCACAGCAAGGUGAGUCGUCUCCUCAUCUCGCAUCCCUUUCAUUGUGCCCCCCUCCUCCCCGCCUGCCCCUCUUCUCCCCGCCUGCCCCUCUCCUCCCCGCCUCCCCCCCACCAGCAUUCACCUGCCGUCGAGCGUGCCUCGCGGAUGCCGUCGCCCACCACGGUCUCGCGCGCGCCUCCACCGUCACGGACGAGGCGCGGACGGAAGGAGAGCGAGAGAGCGGGGGUGCGGGAAGGGCGGUGCGAGAAG